CUCAACUCCUCUUGAAGUGUGAAAUUUCUGUUUAAACACAGGAAGUGUCUGUUUUAGCGCACACAGCACGGUUUAACACUUUAUUCAUGUGUCAGUAUGGGGUCCGGAGCACUGCCUCUCAUACUCUUGCUGAUGCUCCUCAUCCACUCGGGACUCGGUCAAGAUGAAAAAGAUGCUGAUAGAAACUUUCAAGAGAGACCCAAACCUGUAGUUGGUGUUGAUCCUGAUAGACAUGUGUUCGGAGGAGAGACGGUUACUCUCACAUGUGACAUACAGCAGACAGGAGACUGGGAGUACAGCUGGAAUAAAGACAACAUACAAGAUUAUAUCAUAAGACAAGACCAGAAAUAUAUAAUCAGAUCUGUGGAUUGGUUUCAUAGUGGUGUGUACAGCUGUAGAGGAACUCAGUCAGAAGCACCAACAUACUCUCAGAUGAGUGAUGGAGUUACUCUGACAGUAUCAGAUAAACCUCAGCCGACUCUGACUGUAAAUCCUCAGAAGUCAUUGUUCACUGGAGACACAGUUACUCUGAGUUGUGAUGUGGGACAGUUAACUGGAUGGACUAUUCACUGGAUCAAAGACUCAAACACUGACUCUACAGGUGAUGCAACUAAAACAAUCGAGUCUGUGAGAGUCUCUGAUGGAGGAAGAUACCAGUGUAGAGCAAAACGAGGAAACUAUGACAGCAAGAACAGUAAAGCGGUUGAUAUAACAGUAAAAGAGAGACCCAAACCUGUAGUUAGUGUUGAUCCUGAUAGACAUGUGUUCAGAGGAGAGACGGUCACUCUCACAUGUGACAUACAGCAGACAGGAGACUGGGAGUACAGCUGGAAUAAAGACAACACACAAGAUUAUAUCAUAAGACAAGACCAGAAAUAUAUAAUCAGAUCUGUGGAUUGGUUUCAUAGUGGUGUGUACAGCUGUAGAGGAACUCAGUCAGAAGCACCAACAUACUCUCAGAUGAGUGAUGGAGUUACUCUGACAGUAUCAGAUAAACCUCAGCCGACUCUGACUGUAAAUCCUCAGAGUUCAGUGUUCACUGGAGACACAGUUACUCUGAGUUGUGAUGUGGGACAGUUAACUGGAUGGACUAUUCACUGGACCAAAGACUCAAACACUGACUCUACAAGUGAUGCAACUAAAACAAUCAAGUCUGUGAGAGUCUCUGAUGGAGGAAGAUACCAGUGUAGAGCAAAACGAGGAAACUAUGACAGCAAGAACAGUAAAGCGGUUGAUAUAACAGUAAGAGAGAGACCCAAACCUGUAGUUAGUGUUGAUCCUGAUAGACAUGUGUUCGGAGGAGAGACGGUCACUCUCACAUGUAACAUACAGCAGACAGGAGACUGGGAGUACAGAUGGAAUAAAGACAACACACAAGAUUAUAUCAUAAGACAAGACCAGAAAUAUAUAAUCACAUCUGUGGAUUGGUCUCAUAGUGGUGUGUACAGCUGUAGAGGAAAUCAGUCAAAAGCACCAACAUACUCUCAGAUGAGUGAUGGAGUUACACUGACAGUAUCAGAUAAACCUCAGCCGACUCUGACUGUAAAUCCUCAGAGGUCAGUGUUCACUGGAGACACAGUUACUCUGAGUUGUGAUGUGGGACAGUUAACUGGAUGGACUAUUCACUGGACCAAAGACUCAAACACUGACUCUACAAGUGAUGCAACUAAAACAAUCAAGUCUGUGAGAGUCUCUGAUGGAGGAAGAUACCAGUGUAGAGCACGACGAGGAAUCUACUACGGCAAGUACAGCAAUGCGGUUGAUAUAACAGUAAGAGAGAGACCCAAACCUGUAGUUGGUGUUGAUCCUGAUAGACAUGUGUUCGGAGGAGAGACGGUCACUCUCACAUGUGACAUACAGCAGACAGGAGACUGGGAGUACAGCUGGAAUAAAGACAACAAACAAGAUUAUAUCAUAAGACAAGACCAGAAAUAUAUAAUCACGUCUGUGGAUUGGUCUCAUAGUGGUGUGUACAGCUGUAGAGGAACUCAGUCAAAAGCACCAACAUACUCUCAGAUGAGUGAUGGAGUUACUCUGACAGUAUCAGAUUCACCCAGAUCUUCACUGACUGUGACUCCAGACAGAACUGUAUUCACUGGAGAGAGAGUCACUCUGAAGUGUGAGAUUGAGUCUUACAGAGACUGGAGAAGGAGAAAUGGUUUGAUAUAUGACUCAGGUUCUACCUGGCCGUAUGAGUGGAGAUAUGAGUAUAAAAGCAGCAGUGGAGUUGUUCAGAGUUAUACUGUAAAUGGAGACACUCUCACUAUUAAACAAUCUAAAAUAUCUGAUGAAGGUGAUUACACUUGUAAAGGAAAGAAACGUAGAAGGAAGAUCAGUCUCAUCAGAAUCAAUCUCGUUUCUCUCAAAGUGAAAAAUUCACCCAGAUCUUCACUGACUGUGACUCCAGACAGAACUGUAUUCACUGGAGAGAGAGUCACUCUGAAGUGUGUGAUUAAGUCUUACAGAGACUGGAGAAGGAGAAAUGGUUUGAUAUAUGACUGGAGAAAUGACUGGACACCUGACUGGAGAUAUGAGUUUUAUAAAGACAGAGUAAAGUUACAGAAGUCUGAUAGUUCCAGUGUAACUGAUGAUACUCUUAUUAUCAUAAAAGCUACUAAAUCUGAUGAGGGUCAGUACUGGUGUAAAGGACAGAGAGAAGAAAGACCACGAUCAUCUCAAUCAAGCUCAGUUUCUCUCUUUGUUGUCGAUCUGAAGCCAAAGCCUGAACUCACAUCAGAUCCUGAAGGAGCUGCACUGACAGGAAACACAGUGACUUUGACCUGUCUCGUGAAUCUGGGCACUGGAUGGGACUUUUACUGGAACAAACACACACUGACCUCUGAGACAAAGACAGAAACAAACUCCUCCAGAGUGAAGAUUGAUUCAGUGUCUGAUGGAGGACAGUACCGGUGUAGAGCUGGAAGAGGAACACCAGUCUACUACACACAUUACAGUGAUGCACUGUGGGUAAAUGUUACAGAGAGCCCAAAAGCCGUGGUGACGGUACGGCCUGAUAAACACGUGUUCAGAGGAGAAACAGUCACUCUCAGAUGUGAUAUAAAGUGGGGAGGAGACACUGAAUGGACGUACAGAUGGGAAAUAGAGGGAACAAACUGGUAUAAAGACUCUGCUGGCCGAUGUACAAAAGAGUGCAGCAGCAGUGAAACAGAUGAUCAGAAACACAGAAAUGCUGUCAGUUGGUGUUCAACACAAGACUUGAUCCUCAGCAGAGUUGAAGACUUUCACAGCGGUAUCUACACCUGCAGAGGACAGAAUAACACUCAAUGCUCUCAGCGCAGUGAUGCUGUGACACUGAAGGUUUCAGCUGAAGCUCAGGCAGCAGUGCGAGUGUCUCCACAGCCGUGGCUGACUGAAGGAGACUCAGUGACUCUGAUCUGUGAGGUUCCAGGCUCCUCUACAGGCUGGACGUUCAGCUGGUUCAGAGAUGAUGAUGAUGAUGAUGGUGAUGGUCUGUCAGACAGCAGCAGAGGAGCUGGAGACUCUUACACUCUCAGUCCUGCUGCUCUACAGCACACAGGAGUUUAUACGUGCAGAGCAGAGAGAGGACGACCGGUCUUUUACACACACAACAGUAGCACACAGCUGCUGUGGAUCACUGGUAAAUGGUCGCGGGUCUCUCUGAAGGUCAGUCCCAGCAGAAGUCAACACUUCUUGUCUCACUCUCUCUCUCUGAGCUGUGAGGAUCAGAGGAGCUCUUCUGGAUGGACAGUGAGAAGAUACACAGACAGAAAAACUGAAGAUUGUUCAAAACAAACAGGAUCUAGAUGUCGAAUCGACUCUCUCAGCACAUCUGACACUGGAGUUUACUGGUGUCAGUCUGAAUCUGGAGAGAAACAUCAUCCUCUCAACAUCACUGUACAUAAUGGUGAAGUGAUUCUGGAGAGUUCUGUUGAUCCUCUGGUUGAGGGAGAUACUCUGACUCUACGCUGUUUACAUCAAUCUACAAACUCCUCCAUCCUCGGAGCUGAUUUCUAUAAAGACGGAUCACUCGUCCAGAAUCAGACGACAGGAGAGAUGAACAUCACGACUGUCUCAAAGUCACAUGAGGGUUUCUACUACUGUAAAACACAGAGAGGAGAGUCACCCAAGAGCUGGAUCUCAGUCAGAGCAGCUUCAUCUUCUCUUUUGAUCAUCGCAGUGGUUGUAGGAUUGAGUGUUUGCUUGUUGUUCUUCAUUUCUCUGCUGCUGCUCUUGAGAUACAAGAAGAAAAAAGAUCAGCUGCACAACAUUAACCAAACAUCGGUCCCAAAUCCAUCUGGAGAAUCUCGAGCAGAACACUCUCCUCUACAGUCUGGUUCUGAUCACACUUAUGAUGACAUGAUUGCGGUGAAAAGAAGAGAUAAAGAAGGUUCAGAUCACGUUUAUGAUGACGUGACUGUAGUGAAGAAUGGAGACACAGAUGAUCCAUUUUCAGAUGUCACAUAUUCAGAGGUCACUGUCAAGAAAAAGAUGGACAAAGAUGAUGCCAUUGCCAAGGAAAAUAGCGUGACAUAUUCAGAAGUUGGACAAAGAGAAAAGAAAUGCAAAAGCAAAGAUAUCGAUAUCGGAGAGCCCAGCGAUUUGACUUAUGCUCAGAUCAAUACACGGGGCAAAAAGAAAACCAAAGAGGCUGGACUUGCUGAUAUUAUGAUAGAGAUGAAAUCUAAUCAGAAACCCAGAGGAAAGAGCGGUGAGUCUGGAGACACUGUGUACUCAGAACUGAAGAACAACACGGUCGGAGGUGCUGAUGCUGUUGAUGCAACUUACGCUCAACCUAUUAGGAGGAAGAAUAAAACCCGUGUCUGAAGACGGCCGACGAAUAAAAGAUUCUCAGCAGACACAGUAACGCUGGCUUUGCUUAAAGUAACUGCUUGUGCGUGUGCUUGAUUUAGAGAUGCUCGUGCAGUUUUCUGUACACGUAUUAUGAAAGCAAAACAAAUGUAUAGCACAUUUUCCAGUGCUCAAGUAUGUUUAACAAAACUCUAAAUAAAAGUGCACUAGAAAGUAUUACAUUAUUCUGUUGGUGCUGUGCCACAAUUACGUGAAUAAAUAGUAUAUUGGGCACUUAGGUGAUGAAGUUAAAUACAAUAUUCCUCUGUUUUAUUAAAUAAUGCUAGUUUUUGCCAAGUGUUUUUUUUUUUACUUUAGAUGAGUUCACAAAAACAGAUGGCCAGCAACUACUAAAUGUUUUAUAUCUAGCAGACUUAUUCAUGAAUUACAGCAAGAACGUGUGUUAAUAAAGCAUGUAUUAACAUACUGAGCAACUAUUAUCAUCUGUGUAAAUAAUAGGAUUUAAUAACGUACAUUUAAAUCAUUUAUUAAUCCUUUACUUUCUAUGUGAUCUCAUUAAAGACUGAUAACCUCUAAAUAACUUUUUUUGUAAAUAACAUAACUUAGACAUGAUAAUUUGAUAAUUAAUAAAGUAUGAAAAUACAAUUAUUAUCUCUUUCUCUCUCUU